UUCGUAUCAAAAUUGGAAGUUUUGACGGGAAUUAAAGCGGGAACAUAGAUAAUACACUUAAUUGAGCGGGAAGGUUAGAACAGUUUUUAAUUUUUAAAACGUAAUACCCACAGAUUACUAAAUAAAUAUAAUACUGUGAUGUUUGUGGCAGCACUGUCGAUUUUAGAGGUCGUUAGUCUCGGAGUCUACCUACAUCGUUUGGUUGAGUCUGAGUCGCCGUCCCUGAGUUAACAAUAAACAUAGGACGAGACGAUAAAGCUCUGACUCGUUCAACACAGGUGUUCUCCGGACGGAGGCUGUGCGGUCGCUUUAUGUAAUAAUGUUAAGUCAUUGUACAUAGAACAAAUAAAGCAACGAGUUUAGUUUACUAGGAAUCUACUGAGGCUACUUAGUUUUUCUUGAUUACUAUUGUUUGUAAAUGUCUCUUGUGAUAAUUGAAGUGAUUCGUAGCUUCGUAGCGUAGGUCAUUGGAAAUGUUUAUCUAUUAAUAAAUGAAGUAAAAACUUUGUACCCCUUUUUACGAAAAUAGCGCGGACGGAGGAGUAUGAAAUUUCCCUCACUUAUAGAGAAUAUAGAGAAGAACUGCAGAAUACUAAUUUUUUUGGUCGGUCGGUCGGACUGACUGAAUUAUGGUCGGUCAUUUGCAGUGAUUUUAAAUUUAUUGGAUAUGGCUGAAAUAUGAUGGCAGCGUUAACAAAGAAAUCUAAUUAUUACCUACCUAUCAUAGAUAAAGCAGACGUUAGUAAAGAUAAUUUUCAUCAAGAUAUAAUUUGUAAAAAACAAAAACAGAAUGUUUAAUUUCAAACCGUGGACACAGCAAAGUAACUUUAUAUUUCCAAACUAUUAUUUUAUUUUUAUUGUUUAUAUUUUUAUAUUCUUUAUUAGAGCCAUACAUACAUACAACCAUACAUAUUAGGUUAAGUCGCUUUCCAAACUAUUAUAAAAUUAUAAUAAAUAUAAUGUUAGAAAAUAGCCUUCAGUCACAAAGUUUAUAUUUAAGCGCCAUCUAGGAGUACUGUAGUGAACUAUUUCAAAAAAUUAUUUAAUAAACAAGUUUGAACCCAAGGGAAAAGUAAAUCGACCAUUUUAUAUAGGUUAUGUGAAUGUGACUUAACACAAGAUUCGUUUCUUCAUAGCAAAAUACUUAAUAAUAAUAAAUAAAUCAGUCUGUUCAUUAGACAAAGUGUUGUGGUUGUGUUAGUAAACGAUAUUGUAAAUAUUUAUAAUGUCUGAACCAAUUGUACACGUUAAUGAAGGUAAAUUGAAAGGAAAUGUGGCAACAACUGUUAAGGACGUCCAAUAUUAUAGUUUCAAAGGAAUUCCUUAUGCGAAACCGCCGGUCGGCGAAUUAAGGUUUGCUAUACCACAACCACCAGAAUCGUGGAAAGGGGUCAGAGAUGCGACCAAAGAUUGCAACAUUUGCGCUCAGGUCGACAAAUUAACAGGAAACGUAGUUGGAGACGAGGAUUGCUUGUACCUCAAUGUUUACACGCCCAAGCUUCCCACCUCCAGCUCUGAACUCUUACCCGUUAUGUUCUUCAUUCAUGGAGGUGGUUUCAUUUUUGGGAACGGCACCGACACUGCCAAACACGGUCCAGAUUUCUUAAUCGAAAAAGAUGUGGUGAUAGUAUCUUUUAACUUUCGAAUCGGAAUACUUGGCUUCUUGGCUCUCGGUUGUAAAGAUGCCCCUGGAAACAUGGGCCUCCGAGACCAAGUUAUGGCACUGAAAUGGGUUCAACGGAAUAUUUCGAAAUUUGGCGGAGACCCAAAUAAUGUUACAAUUUUUGGAAUUAGUGCGGGUGGUUCCUCAGUUGAGUACCUUUUGUUGUCUCCGCUGUCGAGAGGACUGUUUCAUAAAGCAAUAGCACAAUCUGGCUCAUCCCUCGUACAUUGGGCUCAAAAUGAUAAAGACAAAAUCAAAACACUAGCAGCUAGAAUUCCUACGGUAAAGGGUAAAGUAAUCACUGACAGCGAAGAGCUGCUGAAAUAUUUCAAGGAUUUGCCAACAAAUGAGUUAAUUAAAUUAUCCUUUAAGGCGAUCCAGACAGAUGAGUUUCGGGGAGGUAUUCAUUUUGGUUUUGUACCAACUGUUGAAGAGUCAGGUGACUGGGAGCCGUUCUUAGGAGAAUCAUCGUAUCAAUUGCUCGCUAAAGGCGAGUUCGCGAAAGUUCCUUUUAUGACGGGUCUCAGUGAAAGGGAAGGCUUACUGAUGGUUCUGUUAGGCCCUCAAGUUUUAGAUAAACUGGCCAAAGAAAAGAAAUUCAUCGAUUACUUUCCCUUCGUAUUGGAUCCAGUUGAAGAAACUGAGUUAGAAUCUAGAUUAAAGUCUAUAUAUUUAGAAGGAGAACAAACAAGCAAAGAUGUCGAUGGUUUUGCUAUAAAUUAUUUCACCGAUGUAGACUUUUUGGGUGGAAUCUAUACAGCGGCGACUUUAAUAGCUAAACACAAUUCUCCGGUAUAUUUAUACGAAUUUUGCUAUGAUGGCGCACUUAAUUAUUUAAAGAAACUCAAUCAAAUCGAUAGGGUAGGCGCAGCACAUGCCGACGAAGGCGGGUACAUACUACGAUGUGAAGCUUUAAAAGAUGCGUUGUCUGACACUGACAAACGAGUACAAGAAGUUUUAUUGACACUAUGGACGAAUUUUGCCAGAUACGGAAAUCCCACGCCGAAAACAGAUAAUCUGAUAACAACGAAAUGGGAACCAAUAGCAGAAACGGGAGCGGCCUGUUUGGUGAUUGAUAAGGAAUUAUCGAUGAAGUAUGAACUAUAUCCAGAAAGAAUGAAAUUAUUCUUAGAAAUGUAUGAAAAAAAAUUUGGUUGUAAAUGAUGUAAAGGGAUUAAUAAAAUAAAAGUAAAAAAAAAUGAAUCUUAUGUUUUAAUAAAAUAAUUUAAAAGAUAAAAAAACCUGGAAAUAA